CUUUAUGGUUACUGCCCAUAAAUCAUGCAAAGUGCUCCGUUCUUCGAAUUGGAGGAGGUUGUCCUCCUGCGAAGUGCUUGGUCGGUGGGGUCGAACUCCCCCGUGUAUCUAGCCAGCUUGACCUAGGCGUCGUACACUCUUCGGCGUUACACUCCGGCGACAACUGGAAGAAGGCCGCAAGCAGAGGUUUCCGCAUGUUGUGGUUAAUCCGACGUUCUUUCGGAGUCUUGACGGGCGGCAUCUUUACGAGGCUGUUCUCGGCUUUCGUUCGCCCUCAUCUGGAAUACUGCGUCCAGGCUUGUCCGCCCUGCCUCGUCCGGGACAAAAUGGAGCUAGAGAGGGUUUUACGAGUGGGUACUAGGUUAGUCGAGGGAUUACGGGGACGGACGUACCCCGAGCGUCUACUUAGUUUGGGAAUGCAUUCAAUGCACUACCGAAGGCUUAGAGGAGACCUAAUCCUAACCUACCGUAUCUUGACUGGGAAGGUUGGUCCAGAUUUGUCUUGGCUAUUCAGUCCCGCUAGAUUGUCUGUUCUACGCGGUCAUUCGUUGAAGCUGGACAAACCGCGGUCCGAUCGGAUUAGGGCGGAAAUCCGGCUGUCACGCCGAGUUAUCGACCGCUGGAACAUGCUUCCGGAAAGUGUUAUCAGGGAAUCUACGGUUAAGGGGUUUGAGCGGCAACUUGACGCUCUUGGGUGGCAACACGAAACCUUUCCAUUUUCCUGAGUAACUCGCAUCUUCGUACUUCGAUUUUCUUUUCUCUACUUUUCUUCACGUAUUGGUAUUAUUUUCUUAUUUAAGUGCACUUCCCUAUUCUGUACCUUCGAUUUCUCUUCCUAUCCUUUGCUUACUUCACGUGACUGCCACAGCAGGGACUGCUAGGGCAGGAAACGUGGGCAUUAAAUGGUUGGCCAGGGUGCGAUACGGGUGUUUCCGUUUUAGAUCCAUCAAUAACUGAGCACUUCAUCAAUUCCUGGCUCAACGAUCCACUCAAGAUGGAACACUCACGGGAUUUUCCUAUCGUUCCAGUCCCCAUCUGAACUGAACUGAACUGAACUGA